CGGGCCCGCCUGGCGUGUUGGGCCCCGCGGUGUCCAUGGUGACUGCAGCCGCCGGCCAGCGCUGGGUCUCGAGGUACUGGGCCAGCCGGCAUGUACGACCGGGCUCCGCGGGCGCUCACUCGCCCCGCGGGCGGCACCGAGGCGCAUGUGGGGCCCGGCUCUUACCAUCUGCAGCCCGGGAAACAGCAGAAAGCAGAUGGCUAUGCUCCAUUUCUUUCUUUGUCAACUCGAGACUCUGCAUUUACUAUUCCAAAUGCUGAGAUUGAUGUUCCAGGACCAGGACACUAUGAUAUUUCCAAAGUACAGGUGGAGUACAGGAGUUGACUGGAGAGCGAUUGGCGGUCAAUUUAGCGGGUCUAGACCGCCGAUGUAUCUAUUGCUGAGCGUCGAACCCCCGAAUAAUAUAAAAGGUGGUAAGAGUCCGCAGAACAAAGAAAAACGUUUCAAAGAGAUCAGUACAGACACUCCAGGACCUGGAAGCUAUAACCAACCUCCUGCUGUGGGGUUAGAGGUUAAUAACAGGAAGCAGAAAGAGCCUAAAGAACAUAGUCAACUGAGGACUGCUGGCAGUAUAAAAGUCUACCGAAAAGUGGAUGGUCCCUCUAUCCCUUCUCCAGGCCAAGCAUUUGGGUAUGAAGAAUCUGAGGAUGGCACUCUUAUUAAACAAUACCCACCUCAAAGAGAUGUGACAUUGGGCCCAGCAUUCUAUCAACCAGUAAUUAAUGGUACGUAUUCUGCCAUGAAGUAUAAAGGAGUACAUUUUGGUAAUUUAACAGGAAAACGUAGUGAAUUUAAAGCUCAAGCAGGGCCUGGACCUGGGGAGUAUGACAUAACUCAGGAAAGUGCACUGCAUUAUUGGAAUGUCAACAUCAAAAAGGAAGACAAGAAAAAAUAUGAACCCUAUGUCCCACGGUAUCAUGAAGUAAUAGUAUUACAGGAAGAAAAGAAGGGCGUUCCAGGACCUGGACAAUAUGAAAUAAAAAGUCAGUUUCAGAAGGUGGAGAAUAUAACACAAAAUGGAAAUGAAGUUCCACGUGCUCCUUUUCUUUCACAGUCCAAAAGAUUUGUACAUGUGAAAUCAAUCACCCCAGCUCCUGGUACAUAUAAUGAACCCCGCUCAGCUCUUGAAUCCUUGAAGAAAACAUCAGGAAUGAAAAAGAUCCCAUUUGGUCAAACUACAGUUCGGUUCACUCAAGACUCCAGGCUAGAAAAAACACCAGGUCCAGCUUUGUAUAAUAUUCUCAACUAUAGUAUUGAAAGAGAGAAUUUUAAAAAAGCUUACUUGGAGAGUACAAAGAAAGGAGCAUUUGGAUCUUCAGCUCCUCGACCUCUAUAUGUUUUUAAGAGGGGAGCUUUCUGUACUCCUGGACCAGCUGAUUAUCAGGGCAAAAGGAGCACUGAAGAAUCACAUAAACAACAUAAGCAAUUAUCUGUUUUCUUGUCAUCAACAGAAAGAACUCCAGUAGUUGCCAUGGAAAUUCCACCACCAGGCUCCUACGAGGUUCAAAAAUCGUUUGAGAAAUCACAUAGUAAAAGCCACUAUAUGCCUCCCCGAACCACACUGGCUAAAAGAAAGCAUACCUCUUUUCUCAGUGCAACACCUAGAAAAAAUGUACCCAAUACUGACAAAGAUGUACCAGGACCUGGGACAUACAAUCCUGUAGUGAAGUCAGCUUCCAGUAUUUCCCUAUUUGUUUCCAGAGUGGAGCGUUUUAAGGACGUGAAAGAGAUUACUCCCGGUCCAGGAGCUUAUGAGCUAAGCCCAUUGUUUAAGGACACUGUCCUGAAGAGAACAUUUAAUGCUACCUUACAGAAUCCUGUUGCAACUCAGAUGGACAACACUGUUUGCAAAUAUGAGGCAGUGCACCCAGGCACACUUUGUGUGUCUAUUUAAGAAUUCUUCAGUGGCAUAAUCCAGCAUUAGUGCCUAUUAAUGACUGAAUCAAGCUGAAAGUUCUCUUCCAAAGGAGUGCCUACAUUUUAAUGAUGUCCUCCAUCAGCUGCUCAAAGGAACAUGAUUGCUCUUAUAACCUCCAGAGAUAGUAAAGCUGUUCUUGCAAGAGAUCUUAUUUAAUUUCCCCCUCCUCUGUACUUUUUUCCUAUUACCAGACAUCUGUUCCAGUUCUUUAACUCAUGAAGCGCUGACUGUCCUCUUUUUAAAGUACAACUGCAAAUAAAAAUAUGAGAUGAAA